AUGACAAGCUUGAACAUCGUAUUGUAGAUCGUACUUUUGUUUUUAAGGCUCAGUAUAGACCGUCUGUUGAUCCGACCCUCGAUCUUUGCCUUCACGGUUGUAAUGUGCGGGUUUCAGAUGAGUAACCGAUCAUCAUCGAGUGUAAGAGGCACUCAAGUUGCAUGGUGGUGCAUGGCCAUUGCGCUCAUCCUCCACGUGUCUUCCGGAAGUCCUGCGAACAGAUCACCAGAACUACUGAGUCGUCACCACCUAGCCAAAAGAUCCUUCUUCGACCUGCAGUGUCGCGGAGUGUACGACAAAAGUAUCUUCGCCAGAUUAGACCGCAUUUGCGUGGACUGUUACAACCUCUUCAGGGAACCUUCAGUCCAUUCCUUAUGCAGGGACAACUGUUUCACAUCAGACUACUUCAAAGGGUGUGUCGACACCCUACAACUUUCUGACCAUAUACCAGAAAUCAUGGAUAUGAUAAAACAACUAAAAGGGGCAAAGGCUUAGGUCCCAAUGUUUUUCCACCAAAAUUUUCAAGGGGUGUGUCGAGAGUUUACUAGAGAUGGAAGAAUGGUCCAAACUGAAGAAAAUGAUUGACUUUGUGGGAAAGUGAAAAUUUCCGACACCCCCAUGUCCUAUGUAUCUAGUCGAAAGAAUAAUUGUAUUAAUUAAUUUUAGGUUUUUGACAGAAUUUGUGAAUCUCUCUCAUUAAUUUUAUUGGUCGAUAUUUAUUUAAUUUAUUGUCAAUAGUCUAAAUAGUUUGUUAUUGAUACUUGAUAACCAAAGGUUUAUCAGAUUUUAAGGUCGUUAUUUUAGUCACGAAAAUGGUUAAAAAACUCAAUCACUUUCAUUUAUAUUUAAAUCAUGCCCAUUCUUAUAGAAUUAUACGAAAAAUAUACGUAUUUCCUUUCGCUGAUAUUAUUUUUGAAAGAUCAGACAUUUUUAGAUUGUUUUAGUGACAUUCCAGUAUUAGUAGUUUAUAUUACAAACCUGUUAUUGUUGUACUAUCCAUAUGAUCAGUGCCUGUAAAGUAUUUGUUAUGUAACUAUACACAAAUUUCACUGUCACUAAAUGUAUCAGACUUUUUGUUGCAGUAACGAAGCAUUUUCGUUGUUCCAAUGGCAUUCCAGUAUCAGUAUUGUAAAUUAAGAAGUUGUCGUUUGCAAAUCAAUACCUGAAAGUAUCCAAAUAUACAGGGUGUGAUUGAAAAGCCCGCAAAAUUAACUCAACCUGCAUUUACAUACUUUUCAGAAACUCUCUAUUCUCGAUAUUACAGUUCAAACACCCUGUAUUGAAAAUUCAGCGAUUACCUUAAAUUUUUAUACACGAAUGAUUGUAAACAGGCACGAGAUUAGUAUUAAAAAUGUAUAUUUUAUAGAAUGCAGUUGUUUGUAUAUACAGGCAAACUUCGGCAAAACCACGUUUAAUUUUUUUUUUAUUAUUUUUAGUCGCGCAGCUGGAAUGUUGCUUUUUCCGGAGUUUGCCAAGUUGUGCAGCGUGUAAUUUUGAUGGCAGCUUCAAGUAAAUAGUAUAUAUUAAAGUAUUUCCAAAACG